GAGGAGGAGGAGGUGGAGGAGGUGGAGGAGGAGGAGUGUCCAACUCUAGCCACCGUUAAGAUAAAAAACACUUGUUUUAUCAAGUAUCACACCAGUUGCAUAUUUAGCAGUAGAAGAAGAAGAAGUAGGGGCAGAAGUAGUAGAAGAAGACAGAAAUAAUAGAAGAAGACGAAGAAGAAAUUUAAGUAGUAGUAGAAGAAGAAGAAAUUUAAGUUGUAGUAGUAGAAGAAGAAGGAAUUUAAGUAGUAGUAGAAGAAGAACAGGACUUUGUGUUUAAGUGUUUUGGCUUGAAGGAAUGCGGGACAAAGCUGAAGUUGUCGAAGCUAGUGAAACAGAACCGGGCUCGGUUCGGCAGUAGGUGCCCGUGAAAUGCUGCUUCUCCUGGCAUGAAACUCCAACUUUAUACCUUUAGAGAGGAAGCGACACGAUGGCAACCUGCGGAAGAAGAAACCGACCCAAGUUACUCUUCUUCCUUUUCGGAGUCACUUUAGUGGGAUAUUUAAUUUUCUCCAGACAUAACUCCCGGGACGUGAACGUGACGAAUCGACGAGAGGUCCCCAGAGGAGGAGGAGGAGAGGUGGACGAUGAGGAGCUGAAGAAGCCCGUGUAUGAGAAGCCCCCCUUAGAUUUAAAUGCCCUGGGGGAAAUGGGCAAAGCUGUCAAACUGAAUCUGAACGAAGAGGAGAAAAGAAAAGAAGAGGAGAGCAUCAAAAAGCACCAGAUUAACACUUAUGUCAGUGACAGGGUGUCACUCCACCGUAGGCUGCCGGAGAGAUGGAACCCACUUUGCAAAGAGCUGAAGUAUGACUACAGGUCUUUACCCACUACCUCAGUGGUGAUCGCUUUCUACAAUGAGGCCUGGUCCACCCUUCUGAGGACGGUCCACAGCGUACUGGAGACAUCCCCGGACAUCCUACUUAAAGAGGUGGUCCUGGUGGAUGACUACAGUGAAAGAGCGCACCUGAAGGAGCCGCUGGAACAGUAUAUCGCAGGUUUAAGGAAGGUGCGUCUGAUCCGGGCCACCAAGAGGGAGGGUCUGGUGCGGGCCCGGCUGCUGGGGGCGUCCAUCACCACCGGGGAUGUCCUGACCUUCCUGGACUGUCACUGUGAGUGUCACGAGGGCUGGUUAGAGCCCCUCCUUCACAGGAUUAAAGAGGAACCCAAAGCCGUUGUCUGUCCUGUCAUUGAUGUGAUUGACUGGAACACCUUUCAGUACUUGGGGAAUUCUGGCGAACCUCAGAUCGGAGGUUUCGACUGGCGCUUGGUCUUUACGUGGCACGCUGUUCCAGAGUAUGAACAGAAACGCCGACGCUCUCCCACUGAUGUCAUCAGGUCUCCUACUAUGGCAGGUGGUCUGUUUGCAGUGAGGAAGGACUAUUUCCAUUACCUGGGGACAUACGACACAGGAAUGGAAGUGUGGGGAGGAGAGAACCUGGAAUUUUCCUUCAGGAUUUGGCAGUGUGGGGGCAGCCUGGAGGUCCACCCGUGUUCCCAUGUGGGCCAUGUGUUUCCUAAAAAGGCACCCUAUGCGCGGAACAAAGCUUUGGCAAACAGCGUGAGAGCCGCCGAGGUCUGGAUGGACGAGUAUAAAGAGGUGUACUACCAUCGAAACCCCCAUGCACGCCUGGAGGCCUUUGGAGACGUGACGGAGCGGAGGAAUCUCCGGCAGAAGCUGGGCUGUAAGAACUUCAGGUGGUACUUGGACAACGUCUACCCCGAUAUUCACGUCCCGGAGGAUCAGCCCGGCAUGUUUGGAAUGUUGAAGAACCGGGGUAAGACCAACUACUGCUUUGACUACAACCCUGGAGAUGAACACUCAGUGACUGGCAAGAGGGUCAUCCUUUACCCCUGCCAUGGCAUGGGUCAGAACCAGUUUUUUGAGUAUUCCAUGGAUGGUGAGAUCCGCUAUAACACAAGGGAACCUGCUGGAUGCAUUGUAGGUGACAACAUCAGUACCUACUUGUCCGUACACCUUUGUAGGAAACGAGGACAACCUUUACCACCAGACCAGAAAUUUAUCCUCCGAGAGGAUGGAAGCCUGUACCACGUGAGCAGUCAGAAGUGUGUUCAGGCUGUAGAUAAGACUGACAACGGAACACCCGCCCCCUCACUCCAACCCUGCUCUGACAAUGCCCACCAACAGUGGUACUUUGAGGAGAAAAUGUAGUAGUACCACCCAAAAAUCUGUUUUCAUUCAGGACCCCUAUCCCGUGGAAGGAUAUAGGUGAACCGAACAUUGCUAAAGGAUUUUGUACAAGUUUUCCUUCACCUUAAAGGGUCCAAAUGCAGGAAGUCACACUCGACAAUAACCUGCUUAAUGUAAAGCUGGAUGUAUUGUCAAGCUACACUGAAAAAGUCUUUUUCAGGUACUCUGUGACUAGGAAGGAUUUUUUCCAAGAUGCUGUGGCUGGGAAACGGUAGUCUCCUGGAGUGUACCUUAUUUUAUUUUCUGUUUUUCUAAUUAAGGAGAAACUGGAGUAUUACUUACAAUAUGCUGGCAUUUGUACACUCUAAUGUUUGGAAGUCACUUUUAAAAGAUGAUCUCAGUUUGCUCUCUUUACUCGGAGAGAUGCUGGAAAAAACAUUAACUGCUGUUUCCUUCUUUAAGUAAACCCAGAGGCUCUUAGGAGCUACACUCCAGCAUUUCACUGGUGUUCCACAAGUGCCAUAAUGAGGCAUUUAAUGUUAUUUUUUUCUUUUCCAGUAGAGGGCAUCAUUGCUCCUUUCAUCGAGUUCCUUUCUUGCACUGCGUUCCCUAUUUGUCAUGUGAAAGUGGGACAAAUGUUCAGGUAUUUUGUUAAGAACCUUUUCCGUAUAUUUCGAGUGCUUGCUCCUCUUUUCAUACCAGCGGCUUAGAAAAAAGCUGUAGAUCACAGGCAUUAUGUGAGUACCUAGUACCUCUUCAACUAAACCACCUGACUACUGAUAACAGGAGGCACUCCAGUCUCAUUCCCUUGUGCUUUGAAUGAAGUCAUUUUUGCAAUGCAAAUUGAACUUAAGUAAAAUGAUGUAGGUCAUUUUACUUCAUUUGGUGUCAACUAUAUUUGUUUUUAAAUUAUACUUUUUUUUUCUAGA